CGAGUUAGAAUAGUAAAAGAUCCGUUAGGGUUGUCUUGUUUAAUGGCAGUCAUAAUUUAUUGGGUCUACAAUGUAACUUUAGUUUCUUCAGUGAUUCUUCUACCAAAUUAUCAACAUGGCCAGUUACCUUUGAUUGCAUUGUUAAUUUAUUGGUCACUGGCACUAUUAUGUCUGGCAAGUCUUUUACGAGCAUGCACAAUGAACCCAGGUGCUUUGAAUGUCGAAGACACUCCACAAGACGAUUGGAUGUUGUGUUUGAAGUGCAAUCAAGCAAGGCCACCUCGAAGUCAUCAUUGCAGGAGAUGUGGUCAGUGUGUCAGGAAGAUGGACCAUCAUUGUCCAUGGAUAAACAAUUGCGUCGGUGAAGAUAAUCAGUUUGCAUUCAUGUUGCUGGUCAUGUAUGCCGCCUUGCUCUCCGUGUACACCUUCGUCUUGGACAUC